AGACGGCGACGAGCGCUCACCUUGUCUGGUAGGGAAGAACGGAGCACCGCUAAAUUCCUUGAACAUAAUUAUUUUGACAAAUCACACAGCACUUAUCUUGGAAAUCUUGAGUCAUACAGAUGGAUCUAACUUUUGUUGAGGGUGAAAAAGGAAGGAAAAAAUUAUGUUUGGAUGGAUAUCUAUAUAUUAUGGACAAAACGAUGACCAAUAAGAUUUAAUGGAAAUGUGAAAUGUGUAAAAAAAAAGAAAUGUUCAGCACGUGUUAUCACUGUCAAUGAUAGCAUCCUCAAACAAAGUGGGGAUCACAAUCAUGCAGGAGAUGUUGCUAAAAUUGAUGCCGCUAGAGCCAUGAAUAGAGUGAAAGAACAUGCAACAAAUAGUCAAGAUACACCACAUUAUAUUGUAUCAUGUGCUUCAAUGGAAAUCACAAUGGCUAGUAACAGUGGCUAUCUGAAAAAUGAUGAGACCUUCUCCACACGAGCCAUUCAUGAGGGAAAUGAGCCGGAGCAAUGGAAUAGUUUGGCCGUGGUGCCACCCAUCUCAAUGGCCACCACCUUCAAACAGGAUGGCCCAGCGGAUUUCAAGUUCUUUGAGUAUGGACGCUCAGGAAACCCAACCAGGGGCUGCUUGGAGACGUGCCUGGCCUCCAUAGAAAAUGGAAAGCAUGGACUUGCAUUUGCCUCUGGUCUGGCUGCCACCACCACUAUCACCCAUCUGCUGUCUGCUGGUGACCACAUUGUGUCCAUGGAUGACCUCUACGGUGGCACCAACAGAUACUUCCGCACUGUUGCCUCUCGGAUGGGCAUGGAGAUAGACUUUGUUGAUGCUGUGGAUGCCAAAAAAGUUGAGGCUGCCAUGAAACCCAACACUAAGAUGGUCUGGAUUGAGACGCCCACCAAUCCCACCUUAAAGAUUGUGGACAUCGCAGCAGUGGCAGCCAUCGUAAAGAAGAAGAACGAGUGCUUCCUGGUGGUGGACAAUACUUUCAUGUCUCCUUACUUCCAGCGACCUCUUGACCUCGGCGCUGAUCUGGUCAUGUCCUCCGUCACCAAGUACAUCAAUGGACACACAGAUGUCAUCAUGGGCAGCAUCUGCACUAAGAGAGAUGACCUGCAUGAAAGGCUGCGUUUCCUGCAAAACGCUAUUGGUCCCGUCCCGUCUCCCUUUGACUGCUACCUGGUGAACCGCUCUAUCAAGACCUUGGCCUUGAGGAUGGAGAAGCACAUGCAGAAUGGCUUAGCUGUGGCAAGGUUCCUCGAGAAGCAUCCCUGUGUGGAGAAGGUGAUCCACCCUGGCCUUCCUUCCCACCCACAGCAUGAGCUCUCCAAACGGCAAUGCCAUGGUCACUCUGGUAUGCUGAGUUUCUACAUCAAAGGCAACAACCUCGAGGUGUCCAAGAAAUUCUUCAAGCAGCUCAAGGUCUUCACACUGGCCGAGAGUCUGGGAGGAUAUGAGAGUCUCUGUGAACUGCCGUCAGUGAUGACCCACGCGUCGGUGCCCAAGGAGACGAGGGACAGGCUGGGCAUCACAGACGGCCUGAUCAGAGUGUCCUGUGGCCUGGAGGGUGCUGACGACCUCAUCAAGGAUCUCGACCAGGCACUCAGAGCUGUGGUCUCUGUGUAGCCUCCCAGGUGUGAUGUAGCAGCGAGAGGUGUGGUGUGCUGACAAGUGUGUUCUGUGUGUUCUGUGUUCCUGCAAUCUGCACUGAGGCCUGAAGGCUGUGGUGGUGCUGCACUGUGCUAUGCUAGACCAAAGCACCACUUGUCUGUCUGUCUGCCUGAUGGUGCAAGUCUUUGGAAGUGUACUAAUCUAUAGUUUUAAUUAAUUCAGUAUUUCAAUAUUCAGCUCAUUCAUGGAAUUAUUUAUUGACAGGAGUAAUGUUCAAGCCAAACAAGUGCACUUUUUUUUAUAUCUAUCCAAGUGGUUUAAAAUGACACUGAAAUUGAUUGCAUUCAUUAUUUCAAGUUAUUUAGCUGUGGAAGUUAUUGAGUGAGCAUGGGAUGCUGCGGUGCUGUAGUGUCGUGUUCAAGCCAAACCAAGUCACCUGCUGCUGUCUGCCUGUGCAAUUGACUGAAAGUACUAACAUGUAUUCUUCUUAUUGAUUAUAUUCAGUAUUUCAAGUUAUUUACCUUCUGAACUUUUAUAUUGAGUGUACACUGAAGCUGUAAUGGUACAGGAUUCAAGACAAUCCAAGCCACCUGUCUGCUGUCAAGAUGUUUGAAGGUACUACUAAUAUGUAUUUUGAUUAAUUCAGUAUUUCAGUUCCUUCAUCUCUCACAUGAAGCUAUGAAUAGAAUUGUAUACAGUGCCUA